CAUUUUGUGAACUAAUUUCUGCUCUUUAUUUUCUUGAUUUUGGUUUCUUCUUUUUCGUGCAGUUGAAUUGCUGGUAAAAGUGGGUGAAGUGGUGGACAAACUCUUUGAUCUGGAUGAAGAGGUGAUGUUAAACUGGAUUAAAAGUGGCACCUGUCAGUCUGUGGGACCAUCUACAGAUGACUCCCCUGAAGAGCUUCCAGAUUUUAAAAUUGUGCCUUGUAUACUUGAAGCAGCCAAACAAGUCCGCUCAGAUAGUCCAGAAGGACUUGAUGUUUAUAUGCAUAUCUUGCAGCUCCUCACUACAGUGGAUGAGGGCAUACAGGCUAUUGUGCAGGCUCCUGAUGGAGGAAAAGAGACCUGGACUUUACUUUAUGACCUCAUUUGCCACGAGCUCUGCCAGCCGGACGAUCCGCCAAUCAUUGUGCAGGAGCAGAAGACGGUAUUGGCCUCUGUUUUGUCCGUGCUGUCUGCCAUAUUUGCUUCACAGACAGAACAAGAAUACAUCAAGAUGAGGAAAAAUAUGCCUCUGAUUGGGAGCUUGAUUCGUAUCUUACAAUACAUGGAGGGCUGUGGGAAGAGAUCUGUUGAUAACUCAAAGGAAUCUGAACAAGAAGAAACUGGAAAGGCCGAACUAAAGGAGGAAGAUUUUCAUUUGAAAAUUUUGAAGGAUAUUUGUUGUGAAUUACUUUCCAACAUGUUUCAAGAACUGACAAAGGAAAAUACAUUAGAAGGACUAAACCAGGGACAUCUAAAUGAACAGACGUGUUCCUGUGCAUUCCAGAACCUCUUGCCCCUGUAUUUCACAUCAGUGGAGAGUUUCCUCGAAGUGCUGCGUGAGGCUGAUGGAACACUUGCUGAAAAUCUAGAAAAACGUUUCCCAAGCCUGAAGGUCCCCACUUAAAAGUGUACAUGAAAUACUUUUCCUUUUUUGGAACAAAGUUUUUUUUGACUGUUUGUUACAGUGUUUCAGAAAUCAGUUUUUCAGUACAUGUGGAAGAAUGGGGCAACUUCCUUACCAGCAGGUGGCUUUGAAGAAAUAUAGCCCUGAUUGAGUAAGGUAUUAUCUGGUCUGCAUGGUGAAGGAAGUUAUUUGGUUCUGCAUCUUCCAUCCUGUUUGCUCUGGUGAUGAAAGACUGUUCACUUCUUGUUGCUCCUGUGCAAAAUAGUGUUGUUUGAAUAACUCUUGGUCCUGUGCUUUUCAACUUACGUUGAAUCAGCAAAAUUAAUUAAACGCACUGAGUUGUUCCUAACGUGAUGCUGGCAUUUUCCAAGUUGCUGCUGGCAGCAGAAAAAUGAACUAAUGGGAAAUCUCAGAUGUCCUUUGGCCAAGCAUUUUCAUGCACCUGAUGAAAACAGUUAAAUUACACAGUGCAGAGUUGUUUUUUCUUCUUACAAUAGUAUCUUGAACAGGUAUUGUAACAAAUGUUUCAUCCUGAACCUUCAAAGUCUUUGUGUCUUAUACUGAAGCCUCUUUUGCACUGCAGCACUGAGUCAUGACAUGCAGGCCCCAUGCAUUUCAAAGGAUUGAGAAUGUGCUUUCCAAAGGUGUGUGCUGCAGCUUCCAGCCACAGCAGCCAGUUACCUGGAGUUAAUGAUGUAGGUUUGGUUUAAUCCUUGCCACACUUGCCAACUUUUUGCUUUCUGAAAGCGAUCUGUACUUCAUUUUAGGAAGACAACACCUAUCACAGUUCUUUCCUUGUUUGUGUGUUUUAUGAGUCCUCUGUGAAGGACUUCAGAAAUGCCUUGCGAGCCUGGCUUUUCAGAGGAGUUAAGGUGUUAGAUCACUUGCAGUCAGUGAAUUCAGCGUACAGAGCCUUCUAAGGAUCAUGCUUUUAAUUACUUUCUUUUUUAACUGCGUUACCUUUUCACAUUCCUGCAUGCAGAGCAGCUAACAUUCUGUGUUGCGUGAGCAGCGCAUCAGCUUCAGGUGUUUCUGUAAAUUGGAGAGGAAGACAGUCAGCCUUCAUCAGAUUUGGGAUGUAAAGAGAAGUAGAUACCAGAGCAUAGAGAAUAACAGUACCAUUGUACACGUUACCCAACACUUCAGGUUUUUAUAGGCUUUUAAGUAUUGUGCUGGGCCAUGUUUUGUUUGCCCCAAGUUUCACGUACAUGUGGCAAAUACAGUAUCUGUAUAUGUACAUAGACUUGUCAUCCAAACUACAAGUUUAAAAAAAAAAAAAAAGCACAUUUUAAUCUUUUCUUUAGGCUGCAAGCAACUUCUGAAUUGUUGGUGUGGGGUUUGGAGUUAAAGAGUCUGAUUUAUGUUACCAAAAAGAAGUGCAGUGGUUUCUAUGAAUUUUUGUAUGCUGUGUUUAUUGGAGAAAACUGGUAACUGUGAAUAGGAUGACAACAUUUUUCAUACUACUUUGACAGUUUUUGGAUAUUUUCUUAAACCUUCAGAUUUGUAAUAAAGUUUCUUUUUUAAAAAAAGAAA